UACAGCGGGACACUUUGCUAGUGACAGAUCUUAGAUUAACGUCCAGAUAAUCACGUGCGUUUGAGGUCAUAAACUCACGGUGACAUUGCCUUUUUAGGGUAUUCAUUACAUUACUUCAGAAUGUUUUUUAUUUGUUUCAUUUGAAUAAUAAUAAUUGGGUAUCCUGUAUUUUAUCGAGUCAAUAGGUGUAACAUAGAUUUUUUGUCUAUUAAUUCAGAGAAUCGGUUAUAGUUUUAAGUUAGAUUUGCAUAGUUGUUUGUUUGUUUUUUGUUUUGUUUUGUUUUUUUAGUUUUUUUUUAAAUUUAGCUUCUUUAGGUUUCCAUAUACUCCAUUGCCCUUACAGAUAAAAGUUUAAUUGUAUGUGAGUGUUUUGCGGUUAAUUUUGGUAUUGAAAAUGUUGCUGCUGGUGUGGACUAGAUGCUCGCGUUUCAUACUUUUACUGGCUGCGGUCUUGAGAAUGGGAUAUUCUCAAAGGGCUGCCAUCCCUGGAUCCAAGGUGAAUUCCAUCAAAUCGUCUCUGCUGGGGCAAACUCCAACCCAGGCAGCCAACCGCACCAUCACUUUCCCUGUGGGUGUCAUCAGUAAGAAAGGAAACAACCCCGGCAAGGUUUACCCUUGCAGCAGUGAUAAGGAAUGCAGUGUUGGGGGCUAUUGCCACAGUCCUAACCAAGGUCCUUCUAGAUGCCUGGCUUGCAGGAGGAAGAAGAAGCGUUGUCAUAGAGAUGGCAUGUGCUGCCCUGGAAACCGCUGCAGCAAUGGUAUCUGUAUUGCUGUAUCUGAGAGCAUUCUUACUGGACAUAUCCCAGCUAUUGAAGGGCACGACAAGAGCAAUGGACAGCUGUCUACCAGUGACAUGGGAUGGCAGAACCUUGGGAAAACGCAGUCCAAGCUACCGAAUGUAAAAGGUCACGAGGGCGAUUCCUGUCUCCGUUCUUCUGACUGUGCAGAAGGCUUCUGCUGUGCUCGCCAUUUCUGGACCAAAAUCUGCAAGCCAGUCCUUCGCUUGGGGGAGGUGUGCACAAAACAACGGAAAAAGGGCUCCCACGGCCUGGAAAUCUUCCAGCGCUGUGACUGUGCAAAAGGACUUUCUUGUAAAAUCUGGAAGGAUGCCACUUCCUCUUCAAAAUCCAGACUCCACGUUUGUCAGAAAAUAUAAAGGAGUAUAGCUCAUGCUUUUAUAACUGUGAAAUUUAAGUAUUUAAAAUAAUGAGAUAAGGUGGGUUUUCCUGUGGUUGACUGCUUGCCAUUUCAUGUUCGUGAAAUGCACAAGUGACGGGUGUUGGGUUGCAGUAGUGUUGGUCGUUAGACAAUCUACUUUGUGGCUUCUGAAAUGUAAAUAAUGUUAUCUUAUAUUAGUGCCAUUUUGAAACCACACAAACAGUUUUUCUUGCCAAAUGACCUGCAAUGAGGCUAUUUAUCUGUCUGAAUCCAAGCCGUAGCUUGCUUUUGACACUGUUGACAAGAUCCAGCUUUGCAACAGAGACACUAAAUGUUAUUACUUACUCAAGAAAUUUCACAACAUGCGUUUGUGUGACAGGGUCACAUGAGUUGUGGCAUUCCAUUAUUUACAGUAGUGUAAUUGGUAGCCUGUUCAUAGGAUAAGAAAAAUAUCUUAAAAUAAUAAUAGGUAGAAAAAAUAGUAAGAAACUGCCAAUAAACAAACUGCUGAAAGCUGUAACUGAAUUGAUUAAACUGUUGUUUACUCUUUCAGGGAAAAAAAUGCCUUAAUAAUAGUGUGCAGUGUUUUAGCCACAGUCCACAAUCAUUGUAGGAAUCAGGCUGUAUAUUUACAAAUAUGUCCAGGUAUAUAACCACAUUUUUUGAAAGCAGACCAGAAAGCUUAAUGUUUUGCUUAAUAUAUUUUGUAUGUGUAUUCUUAAAUCACACUACGCAAAAUACAUAUAUAUAUAUUUUUUAGUUUAUAAAUGAAUUAAUCAGCAUCUGGUUUAUAGUGGAAUGCUGCUUCAAGGACUUGAUGCAGAGCUUGGCUACACUAUUGUAUGAAGUAGUUGUUUUUCAUACAUGAUUCCAUCUAGGGUUGAAUAAUAUUUUUGGUCUCCCUUUUGAGUCUUGAUUAUUUAUAGUAUGGGACAAUAAUCAAUAAUAAUAAUGGUAUUAUCUGUGAAUAGCAUGGCAGUUAUCUAAACUGUAAAGGAUAAGCACCAAUGCAGCAGAGAGGUUUUGUUCUGUAUUUUCGUUUAUACUAACUACUUAUUUCUGAUUUAUCCAUUGGGGGUGGCGAGGAUCAGACUUAAUUAAAAUGGGCAAGGGAAAGGGACUGGUACUUUAAUGAACCUUCCCGUCUUUUGUAGAAGAAAGUAGUAGUUUGGAUUUAUUUUGAAAAAAGAAAAAGGGGAAAAAAGAAUGAGCUAAUAACUAGCAAGUCAUGGGAAUUAAAACAUGAUUUAGGUAAUUGUGAUCAUUUUUAGCUUAAGAUCAAUAACUGCAAAUGUCAUUACAUUCCAACCCUAGUAUUAAUGGCUGAGCUAAUUUGCUGGAAUUUCUCAUUUCUGUUUUCAAUCAAUCAGAAGCUUGUUGUUCUAUAUCAGAUCGAUUUCAUAUACAGAUAGCAUAGUUUAGUAGUGUGGACCUCUUUUAAACUGAAAAUGUUAUUUUCUUCAUGUGGACGUGGUUCCCGUGCUGUAUUUUUCUAUUAGACUGUGCUUUCAUACUCAGCUAUCCUGUUUGUAAUUUAACUAAUGGUUUUAUCCUGCUUUAACAAUGUGUGGCAAACGAUCAAUCUCCCUUUUUAAAUGUAAAUCUUUUUUGAAGGAUCUAGCUGGCAUUUAAUCAUUUUUUAUAAUUAUAGAUAGUUUUCAAAGGGCAUUAUUUUGUAUUAUAUGGUCAAAUACAAAGAUUCCGGAGGUUAUGGCUUUAUAUCAUUCAAUUUAUUAUUCUAUAAUUCCCAACUUUCUUCAUUGUAGAACUGAAAGCAAUACGCUUUUUAAUGUAAAUAAAAUGUCCGCUAUUGCCAAUGUAUUUAUGGAUCAAGAUUAUAUUGUGUACAGUUUUGCACUUGUGUUGUAUUGUAAGAAGGGGAUAUUUUGUGUUUAAGAAUAUAUUCUUUGUGGUAAGCACUAAAUGUACAAGCAGUACUGAUAGAGACUAUUUUAAAAUGAAAUAAGUAGAUAAUAAUGACCUUCAGUCUUUUGCUGCGUAUAUAACUAUUCUCAAAUAAGAAAUACAUUAGAGCUACAUCUAACCAUGCUGAAAAUAAAUAUAUUAAACCACAUUAGGAAUUAUUUGUGAUUUCCUCAGUAUGAACUUUAAAUGAAUUUACUGGUAUUGGUUCCUAUCUGGGAUUGAUACUGUCAGUGUUGUACCAAUUACUCAGUAUAUAGAAACCUGAAACACUGUUGCUGAUGCUUUUGGUGUAACUGGCAGUUGGCUAAUUAGAGCUGUUAAUAUUUAGUUUUUUAUUUUUUUUUAUUGUUGUGUAUUUGCUUCUGUAUGAAUAAACGUGUUUGUAUUUUGUA